AUGACUACUUACACGAAAAGGAAUAUUACUAAUGUCUUUUAACUUGAUAUAAGUUAAUAAAUAACCGAUAAGUGCGAAAUAGAUAAAGAUUGCAUUGUUGUUGUUGAUUUGACCUCUUCAUCUUAGAUAUGUAAGGAUUCUAGCUGUAAUUAAAUAAAGGGUGAAUUAAAUUAUUAAGUUUCAGAUACGAUGUAUAUUAAAAUCUAUCUUUUAGACUAAACUUAUACAAAAAAUUUGGAACUAAAAGGCGUCUAUUUUAUGGAUAAUAAUUUAGUUCUUAAUAUUACUGAAUUAACUAAAAUUGUUUCUAGUUCAGCAGGAAAUAUUGUUCUUGCUGUGAAACUUAUGGAACCUGCUGUAGAUGCCAAAAUUUAAGUGUAGAUAAUAAUUAAAAGCUAAAGUUCAGGAUUAAGGAGAUUAGGUUAAGAAGAUGUUUCUAGAAUAAAGAAAAACUUCUCGUUGAAUAUUUAUGGAUAGACUUAGUAGACUAGUAAAAAUAGUAAUAUUUAACUAGAAGAAGAUAUAUCAUAUAUGUAUAAAUGUAUGGAUUUAUUUUAAUGGUUUAAUUGCAACACUAAUAGCUUAAAUAAGCCUAUAUAAUUAAAAAAUUUCUUAUUUAGCUUCGUAAUCCUUUGA